CUAACUUCACAGUGUGCUAUUUAUUGGUGAGAAACACUAGUGGAAGUACUUGAUCACUGAACUGGAUAGUCCACAUAUUCUUUGGAAGUGCUUUCAAGAUACUUUUUUUCUGUGGGAGGAACAUUGCAUCAUUGAUUUAUGCUGGAUAUUCUUUCUUGUGGAUUCUUGAGUGGAAAGACGAGCUAUGGAUCUGCUACAUCCCUUCAGCAAUAAUUUAAAAUUGGUUGGUCUUCUAUUACUACUGAUUUUACAUGGGAGCUUGAGUGACAAAAAUGUAAAAAAUUCUUUAAUUAUCGUAGAUACUGUUGAAGUUGAUGACAAUACAGAUGCUGUAGUGGAGGAUGAAGAUGAGCAAGACCUUCAGGAUCAGGAAGUAUUCAAUCCAACUCAUGAGUGGCAAGUUGUGAAACCGGGUCAAGCUGUUCCUGCAGGCUUGCACAUGCGUCUAAACUUACAGACAGGAAAGAACGAAGCCAAACUUCUAGAUGAGAAAUAUGACACAGGCAUCACUAGAAAGGUAUCAAAGUCUUCUACUGAUUCAGGCAUCUAUACCAAAGAAGAGCUUAAAGAAGCAUUGGCUAAGUUCAAGGAGGAACAAAAACCCAAGAAUUUAGAGACUGUUGAAGAUUUAAAACAACGGUUUCGCCCUAUAGAUAUCCUGAAAAAGGAAUUUUCGGAAAUGAAUAUUAAUAUUGAGACAGAUUUUGAUAUUAUGACUAGAAUAAUAAAUAGAUUUAACCAUUCUAUGUCUACUUUAGCUGAAAAAUUAGAUGCUCUCUAUGAACUUGAAUAUUAUGUUCAUCAGGUGGACAAUGCACAAGACCUUCACAAGCUUGGAGGUCUUCAACUUCUUAUCAAUAGUCUAAACAGCACAGAACCUUCCUUGAUAGAACAUUCUGCAUUUGUUGUUGGUUCAGCUCUAGCUAGUAACCCCAAUGUCCAGAUUCAAGCAUUUGAAGGUGGAGCACUUCAGAAACUUUUAGUGAUUUUGGCAACUGAACAAUCCGUUUCGGUGAAAAAAAAGGCACUCUAUGCCUUAUCUUCAUUGCUGCGCCAAUUUCCUUAUGCGCAGCACCAAUUCCUCAAGUUGGGUGGUCUUCAAGUACUGAAAAACUUAUUUAGGGAAAAAAAUGGAGAACCUCUGUUUGUUCGAAUAAUUACUUUGUUAUACGAUUUAAUAAUGGAAACCUUGCUGCUCUACGAAGAAAGCAAUAUUGACCAUAUUGAAGAAAAAAUGCAGCAGUAUAGUCAAAUUAGUCUAAUGGGUACCAUGACUGAACAAGGCUGGUGUCCAGUAAUUAUUAAUCUUAUUAAUUUGCCAGAAAACGACGCUCGAGAAAAAGUCUUAAAAUUGGUAUCCGUGCUUACAACUGUUUGCAAGGAUGAGUUCAGAGCAAAUCAUAACUUGAACAGCAUUUUGCAUUCUUUUCAAAAAGAAUAUGAAGAGUUUGUCUCAGAAGAACAAAAGUCUGGAGAAACCGAUGGUUAUUUUAGUGAACUGUUGAGCUUGGUUCAUGAAGUUAUUGACAAACUAAAACCUUAAAAAUCAUGUUUGAUUAGACCAUUUGUUUAACCAAGUCUUAUUUUCAUAGAUAAAAUGUUCUACAGCCAAAGGUUGCCUUUCCUUGCUCUACAGUAUAGCUAUUUGUUGUAUCUGUACCAAUGAAUUGUUACAUUUGUAAUAAAAUGGAAUGCAAGUAUA